AUGCCGAAAAUUUUUGAAAAAUGGCACGAAUGUGCGAGGAAUCGAUUUAAUUUCAAUGAAAAUCCGGAUAAGGUGAGUAUGUUUUUUUUUGAGAACUGAAAAAUCUGAAAUUACAGUACCCCAAAAGCCAUAUGGGCUCUAUUUAAUUUUUGCAGUUCUGGACAUCUAGCAUUCAUCAUACCAGAUUUUGUGAUUCUCAAAUAAAAUCUGAAAUUGCGUUGAAACUUCAAAAAUUCCACAACAAAGAUGAGGAUAAAUAUCUGAUUUUUCCUAGAAGUUCCGAAAAUUUCUCAAAUUUUUUGACAAUUGGAAUCGGAAAAGAUGUCAUAGCUGAAAGUCAAGUCCAAAGAUUGGCUGAGAAUCUCACAAUUCCGCUAAAAUUCUACGGAGCAGAUCCGAAUUUCAUGGAUAAUUUCGAGAUUUUCUCAAAAAUAGGCACUUAUUUUCCGCUAGCAAUUAGUGGAUCUGAUGGAUUUUUCGGAGCCAGUGUACUUUUUCGCAAAAAAUACCAACAAAUGUCAGUUUUCCACGUGGAACUUAAUUAUUUUCUGAAAAAAUUACUGAAAAUUUCAAAAAUCGAUUUUCUUUGGAUGGAUGGCGAGUAUUCGGAAUACACUAUUUUUCCAUAUUUUGCGGAAAAAUCUGAGAAAAAUUUCGAGAGGAAUGGGAUUAUCGUAUGUCAAAUUAAUAUGGAGGUGAGUAGAUACAAAUAUUCUUUCAUAAAACCCCUUCUGUUACAGGUUCAUAAGCCCAAAUCUGCGGAUCACAAAAUUAUGUUUAAAAAUUUCAUUCAAAAAAUUAUCGAAGAUCGCAAGUUUGCUCUACUGAAACAAAUUGGAGCGGCUGGGCAUUAUCGAUUAUUUUUGUUCAACUUUGGUCAAAAAUAUUGUGUUGAAAAAUUUGUUGAAUAG